AUGGUCAUGGACGUCGCUUGUAUGUCCAUGAUCCAUGCGGCUGCUCCCCAUUUUCUGUGGCCGUUUGCAGUUCAGUACGCAGCGCAUCAACUCAACCUUCAGCCCCGGGUCUCCUUGCCAGAGACCACCCCCACCUUGCGGUGGACGGGGAAGGUUGGCAAUGCGUAUGCGUUUUGGGUCUGGGGAUCUCGGGCGUUUGUCCGCGACUUGUCUUCGAACAAGAUGUCCCCGUGUGCUGUUCCCUGCAUCUUCCUUGGCUCCCCCCCUUACGCGCCUGGUUGGCGGUACUACCAACCCACCUCGCGCCGUGUUCUGUCCACCCAGGACAUCACCUUUGACGAGUCGAUGACUUACUACCGUCUCUUCCCCUACCGCACUGCGCCCCUCCCCCCGCCGCCGCUCUUACUUGCGCCAGGUCCUCCCCCGGUAGACCCCCUCCCCCCUCAGGGUCCUGCCCCGUCAGAUGUGUCCCAGGCAGACGCAGUUAAGCCUGUCGAGGUAGCUGUUGACUCUGGUUCUGCUAGGGUCGUUGCGCCUGCGGGUGCCGGGUCUAGGGGUGCGGAGCCUGGGGGUGCUGAGUCUCGGGGUGCUGAGCCUGGGGGUGCUGAGUCUGGGGGUACUGAGCCUGGGGGUGCGGAGCCUGGGGGUGCUGAGCCUGGGGGUGCGGAGCCUGGGGGUGCUGAGCAUGGGGGUGCGGAGCCUGGGGGAGCUGGGUCUACUUGUGUGGCCUCUGGCGGUGUUUCGUCGAGGCUAGAGCCCCUCUCUCCGCAGGAGCUACGCGAGUGGUUUGCCCGGCGCUGGAGCCAUGCUGCUGGAGCUGGAGGUACUACUGUUGCUACUGGCCCUGGAGGUGCUCGUCCUGGCGGCUCUGGAGCUGCUGGGACUGGGAGUCCUGCUAGGGGUGCUACUCGAGCUGGAGCUACUAGAGCUAGAGCUGCUGGGGGUGUUGGCGCUGGUGGUUCUGCUGGCCCUGGUGCUUCUGAGGGUACUGGUGUUGGCGCUGUUGGAGCUGGAGGUGCUAAUGGAGCUAGUGCUGCCGCUGGGGGUGCUGGUGCUGUCCCUGCUGCUUUUGGAGGCGUUGCGCGGCCGCGGCCGUACUUCGUUCCGCUCCUUGAGCAGCAUCCUGAGCCUGCGUCUCGUCUUGCGUCGCCUGUUCGUGCUGCUCGCACUAGUGGUCGUGCUUCGCGUCCGCGUCCUCAUGCGGUCCCCGGCACACAACAGAUGGCACUGCGUCCUUCCACUGCUCCUCUGCGUGUCCCGUUGCCGUCUCCUCCAGAGUCCUCUCUUCCUACUCUUGCUGACCCUGAGUCAGACUCUUUUCGUGCUGCCAGUCCUACUGUCACGCGUCUCCUUGCCACUAUUGUCACUGCCCUUUCUUUUGAGUCCACUUCUGCGUCUGCCUUAGUUGCUGAGCUUGUCGACUUUGCUGCUCGCUGUCGUCUAGACUACGCUGAUUGUCUUGUUGCUGAGUCUGAGUCUGUCUGUCCUCCGUCCGUCGGGGGUGAGUGUGCUCUUAGCACGGACGUCCUUGAGGACAGGCAGGAGGAGUUCCAUUAUUUUGCUGCUGCUUUGCCUCAUCUCGUGUCCACGCUGAUUGCCCCUGAGGGAGACCCGGAUGCACCAGACAUCCCGACUCCUCGAUCGUACGCUGAGGCGAUCGAGGGUCCCUACUCCUCACAGUGGCAGUCAGCAAUGGACGUAGAGAUGGCUUCCUGGAAGUCCACAGGCACCUAUGUUGACAAUGUUCCCCAACCUGUGGCGAACAUCGUCAGUGGCAUGUGGAUUUUCAGGGUGAAGCGGCCGCCGGGUUCUCCGCCUGUCUUCAAGGCGCGUUACGUGGCUCGAGGCUUAAGUCAGCGGCAGGGAGUUGACUACUUUCAGACCUUCUCUCCCACCCCGAAGAUGACCACUCUUUGA